UUGCAUUAAACAGCUAGCCGGAUAUGACGUUUUGGUUUUGUGUGUUGUUCUCAAAGCCGGAAGCAACAAGAUGGCACCCAGCGGCCUGAAGGCCGUAGUCGGAGAAAAAAUCCUGAGUGGUGCAGUGAAGAGUGUGAGAAAGGAGGGAGAAUGGAAGGUAUUGAUCGUGGACCACUCCAGCAUGAGGAUACUGUCUGCCUGCUGCAAGAUGUCAGAUAUCAUGGCAGAAGGCAUAACAAUCGUAGAAGACAUCAGAAAAAGACGAGAGCCCAUCCCCAGCCUUGAAGCCAUUUAUCUGAUAUCGCCGACAGAAAAGUCUGUGCGAGCCCUGAUUAAUGAUUUCAGAGACACCCCCUCCUUCACCUAUAAAGCAGCACACGUGUUCUUCACUGAUAUUUGUCCUGAUGCUCUCUUCAGUGAACUGGGGAAGUCUCGUGUCUCCAGAGUGAUUAAAACCCUGAAAGAAAUCAACGUGGCUUUCCUCCCCUGUGAAUCUCAGGUUUACUCCCUGGACAACCCUGAUUCCUUCCACUGCUUCUUCAGCCCUCACCGUGCCGCUGACAAGAGCAAGAUGAUGGAGACCCUGGCAGAGCAGAUCGCCACGGUCUGCGCCACGCUGAAGGAAUACCCGGCCGUGCGCUAUCGCAAGGGUCCUGAUGACAACGCCAUACUGGCUGAAAUGGUGCUGGACCGUCUGAACGCUCACAAGGCUGACAAUCCCAGUAUGGGAGAGGGUCCGGACAAGGCUCGCUCCCAGCUGCUCAUUGUUGACCGAGGGUACGACCCUGUGUCACCCGUCCUGCACGAGCUCACCUUCCAGGCCAUGGUGUACGACCUACUCGACAUCCAGCAGGACGUUUACAAGUAUAAGACAACAGGAAUCGGGGAGUCCCGAGAGAAGGAGGUUUUGCUGGACGAGGAUGACGAACUGUGGGUGCAGCUGAGACACAUGCACAUCGCAGAUGUCACAAAAAAAGUAACGGAGCUACUGAAGACCUUCUGUGAAAGCAAACGGAUGAGCACAGAUAAGGCCAACAUGAAAGACUUGUCUCAGAUGCUGAAGAAAAUGCCUCAGUACCAGAAGGAACUGAGCACGUAUUCCACACACCUGCACCUGGCUGAAGCGUGCAUGAAGAAGUUUAAGGGAACCUUGGACGUGCUUUGCAAAGUAGAACAGGAUUUAGCGCUGGGAAUGGAUGCUGAGGGAGAGAAGAUUAAAGACCCGAUGAAGAACAUUGUCCCUGUACUGCUCAACGCUGACCUGGAGCCACACGACAAGAUCCGAAUCAUCCUGCUGUACAUCUUCCUGAAGAACGGAGUCGCUGAAGAGAACCUCACCAAGCUGAUACAGCAUGCCAACAUCCAGCAGGACAGCAACAUCAUCAGGAACAUGCAGGAGCUGGGCACACCUAUCAUAGCUGGGUUGGCCAACAGUGGAAAGAUCAAACCGGAAAGGAAGGCACGCACUGAAUCCACUUACCAGCUCUCACGCUGGGUUCCCCUCAUCAAGGACGUGAUGGAGGAUGCCAUUGAAGACAAGCUGGAUAAGAAGAGCUGGCCCUAUGUGUCUGACCCAGCCCCGACCGCCACAGCCCAGGCAGCAGUGAGCAGCGCCAGGUUCGGUCACUGGCACAAGAGCAAGGCUGCGGUGGAGUACCGCACUGGGCCCCGGCUUAUCGUCUUCUUCACCGGCGGAGUGGCGCACUCGGAGAUGCGCUGCGCCUAUGAGGUGACCCGAGCCACAGACAACAAGUGGGAGGUGCUGAUCGGUUCUACUCAUGUCCUCACUCCCACUAAAUUCCUGAAUGACCUGAAAAAGCUGGACCAGCCUUUGGAAGGGAGCAGCUGAGAAUUUUGAGAGGAUCCCUGUGUCCUCACUGCCUCGCACCCCCUCUGUCUUAUUCUGUACUGUUACUAUUGCAGCGCACACACACACAAACCUGGCAGCACACCACACUUCCAUUUCUACAGCACACAGUACAAUUACUUUAAUUCUGUGGGUUGAAAUUUGAACUCCCAUUGCAUAGCGGUUUUACUAUGGGUUUGAUAGGACA